UCGAAGAGUAACAACAAAAGCUGGACUCAUGCCAAGUUAGUAGAAUUGAGAUUUGGAGUUCGGACAAAGCUUGAGAGAGAUCGGAGUAUCGUGGAAGAUGGUGAAGUCUUCAGAAAUCGUGGGAAAACUCAAUCUCAGGGCUCACCAAGAAGGCGGCUUUUUCGCUGAAACUUUCAGAGAUUCUUCUGUUCUCCUCUCCACCUCUCAGCUCCCACCAACCUUUAAGGUGGACAGAGCUGUGAGCACAAGUAUCUACUUCUUGCUUCCAUCUGGUAGCGUUUCUCGUCUUCAUCGCAUACCAAUGGCUGAAACCUGGCACUUUUAUUUGGGUGAACCCCUUACUGUAGUGGAACUCUACGAUGAUGGGAAGUUGAAAUUCACAUGUCUUGGUCCUAACUUGCUAGAAGGUGAUCAGAAGCCUCAGUACACGGUCCCUCCAAACGUCUGGUUUGGUUCCUUUCCUACAAAGGAUGUUCAUUUUUCUCAAGACGGGACUCUGCUUAAAGCUGAGCCUAGAGACUCUGAGAACCAUUUCUCUCUUGUCGGCUGCACCUGCGCUCCUGCUUUCCAGUUCGAGGACUUUGAGCUCGCGAAACGCUCUGAUCUCUUAUCGCGGUUUCCUCAACACGAGUCACUCAUCACAAUGCUAUCUUACCCGGAGUGAAAGGGCCUACUAGAGGAGACACCUUAAUGGCUCAAUGGUUUUUCUUAACUACUACAAUAAGAUACACUUUGUCGCUUUGUUACUUCAAUUAUGAAUCAUACGAGGUUUUAAUUGUACUUUGUGUUCACUUUUGAUCUCUGUACAUUUGUUAUUUCUGAAUUGUGUUUAAUCAAAUAAUGAUCAGUAAAGAACAUGCUCAAGUA